CUGGCCCUUCAAGUUUAUGAGCCCAGCCAUCCGUUCUCAUCGGAACCAUGGCGAAGCUGGUGAUGCUCACACUCUUGGGGCUGGGACUGGCACUCUUCAGGGAUCACCGGGCUUCUUAUCAAACACGACUUAAUGCUUUCCGAGAAGUAAAGCCAGUAGAACUUCCUAACUGUAACUUAGUUAAAGGAAUAGAAUCUGGCUCUGAAGACUUGGAGAUACUUCCUAGUGGACUAGCUUUCAUUAGCUCCGGGUUAAAAUAUCCUGGAAUAAAGAACUUUGAGCCUGAUAAACCUGGCAAAAUAUUUCUGAUGGAUCUGAAUGAAGAAAAUCCAACAGUGUUAGAACUGAGGAUCACUGGAAGCAAAUUCGAUCAUUCUUCAUUUAACCCUCAUGGGAUUAGCACGUUCACAGAUGAAGAUAAUACCGUGUACCUGCUGGUGGUGAACCAUCCAGAUUUUAAGUCCACAGUUGAGUUGUUUAAAUUUCAAGAAGAAGAAAAAUCACUUUUUCAUCUGAAAACCAUCAGACACAAACUUCUGCCUAAUUUGAAUGAUAUCGUUGCUGUGGGACCUGAGCACUUUUAUGCCACAAAUGAUCACUAUUUUGUUGACCAGUACUUGAGAUCCUGGGAGCUCUAUUUGGGACUAGCGUGGUCCUAUGUUGUUUACUAUAGUCCAACUGAAGUUCAAGUGAUGGCAGAUGGAUUUGACUUUGCAAAUGGAAUCAACAUUUCACCUGAUGGCAAGUAUGUCUAUAUAUCUGAAUUGUUGGCUCAUAAGAUUCAUGUGUAUGAAAAGCACGCUAAUUGGACUUUAACUCCAUUGAAGUCCCUGAACUUCAACACACUCGUGGAUAACAUAUCCGUGGAUCCUGUGACAGGGGAUGUUUGGGUUGGAUGCCAUCCUAAUGGCAUGAAAAUCUUCUUAUAUGACCCGGAGAAUCCUCCCGGAUCAGAGGUGAUCCGAAUCCAGAACAUUCUAAGAGAAGAACCCAAAGUUACACUGGUUUAUGCAGAUAAUGGUACAGUUUUGCAAGGAAGUACCGUUGCCUCAGUGUACAAAGGGAAACUGCUGAUCGGCACCGUGUUCCAGAAAGCUCUGUAUUGUGAGCUCUAGGGGGUUGGUUGGCACCGUGCCAUUCCAACUGCUUGCCCCAUUCAUUGGCCACAGCGAUCUCAUCUGAACAGUGACCACUGACCCUGAACUCGGACAUCUGGAAGGAGGAAAGCGCUGGUUAGCCAGGAACAGAAUCAAUGCAGAAGCUUUUUUGAGGGUAUGAUAGCAAACCAGCCUAGAAAUGCUCGAAAACCUCAUUGACCAAUGAAAGUCCUUGGCAAUAAAAUGGCUAAAAUUGC